AUGUCUACUCCGGUUGUUUUCGUUUGCGGUGCCACCGGCAAUCAAGGCGGCGUCCUCAUUCAGCACAUUUCUCAACAUGGCAAAGUCCAUGCAAUUACUCGAGACCCCACAUCCCCUGCUGCCCAGAGCCUCCAAUCUCAAGGAGUCUCUAUCACCGAAGGCAGCUUCGACAAUCAAGACAGCCUGAAGAAAAGCAUGUCUGGCUGCACAACUCUUUUCUUGAAUCUAUCGCCCAGUUUCACCCACCCCACUGCCGAAAUCGAGCAAGCUAAGCGAGUUAUUUCCAUCGCCAAACAAGUCGGAAUCCAGCAUAUCAUCUACACAAGUGCCCUUGGCACCAACAAUCCUGAAGCACUUAAGCACUGGGACCCGAAGAGUCCAGUCGGAGCAGUUCUUUUGGGAAAGAAAGCCAUCGAGGCCGAAGUUCGAAAUGCAGGCUUCAAGACCUGGACUAUUUUGCGACCAGGAAACUUCAUGGUCAAUUACCUCUACCCAUUAGUUCAGAUGUACAAUGGGCUUGUCGAGACUGGAACUUUCACUACCGCGUAUUCGAAGGAUACACUGCUUCCCAUGGUCGACCCCAACGAUAUCGGCAAAUUCGCUGCCGCUGCAGUCCUUGAUCCCAUCCAGUUCAACGAGAAGGAAAUUGAGAUCGCAUCCCAAUUGAUGGGAAUUGAGGAGGUUUUGAAGGAUGUCUCUCAAGCCACGGGAAAGGAGUUUAAGGUGGUCUACCUUUCAGACGACGAGAUCAAGGAGCAAAUUCAGCAAAAUCCUCUUAUUUAUGUUCAGCUCGCUAUGCGCGACCUUUCCCAGUUUGUUGACAUGGAAAAGUUGAAGGAGUGGAAGAUUGAGCGGGGCACUUUCCCUCAGUUCCUGGAGCGAGAGAAGGAUCGGGUUGUGAAGACCUACUUGUGA